GGAGCGGGCCUGGCCCUUUACUUCGUGGCUGAAGCGUUUCUUUCCGGAAAACGGACUCGCAGCCGGAAGAGGAUGGCGACAGCCGCUCUAAAGCGAUUUUGGUCCCGAGGUCGAAGGGAGGCGGGCGAAGCCGCGGCUGCAAAGCCAGGCUUGUGGGCACGGCUGGGCGUGUGGUCGCGUGCGCUGCUCCGGGGCUACGCCGAGCUUCUGGCUCCUGCCACGCGCAACCGCGACUCCGAAGCUUUCGUGCAGCGCCUUCUGUGGCUGCGGGGCGGCGGCCGCCUGCGCCACGUGAACCUGGGCUUCUGCUCGAUCGUGUAUGAGGCGCCCUAUGACGCCGAGACCAGUCUCUACCAAGCCCGCUGCCACUACCUGCAGCCUCGCUGGACCGAUUUCCCGGGCCGGAUCCUGGAUGUGGGUUUCGUGGGCUGCUGGUGGAAGCUGAGGACCCAGAUGCAAGACUGUGACAUCAACGACGACGAGUUCCUUCACCUUCCCGCUCAUUUGCGCGUCGUUAGGUCCCACCACUUGCACUCGGAAGUCAACGAGCGGCUCUUUGACGAGAAGUACAAGCCUGUGGUGCUCACGGACGAUCAGGUGGACCAGGCGCUAUGGGAGGAACAAGUCUUGCAGAAAGAGAAGAAGGACAAGCUCACCCUGAGUCAGGUCGACACGCUGGUGCAGUCGGACGUCCCGAGAUGAAACCCAAUGGCCUGGGCCCACAUCAGGCUCCGUGCCUUGGAAGACUGUGUGCCCGGAAUCGUGCAAUCAGAGCCAGUGAGCCUCGUGUGGACAGUAACUGAGAUAGAUUAUCUGCAGUGUUUCUUGUUGGGAUUUCCCAAGUUUGGGAACCUUUCCUUUUAUUUCUUGUUAGCUGAAGCGAA